CCUUUCCUCGCCGUUCUUUUCAUCUUCCUUCUCCUUUGCCUGAACCAAAUCUCUCCUCCUUUUCUCCAUCGAUCCAAAAGUCUUUUUCCUCUUGCUCUCCUCCAUCAAAACCAAAUCUUAGUUUUUUCUCUUCUUUACCUAAACUAGAUCUAGGUUCCUCACCAUCGCACGAUGAUUGAGCAAGGAAUUACUUUUGUCCCUUUCACUUUGUUCCUCAUCAGAUCUUCUUUCUCAUGAUGAUUGAGCGAGCAAUGGGUUCUUUAGAAGAUCAAAUUUUUGUCAAUUUCUCGGAGGUUGAGAUUUUGGCAUUUACUUUUUGUUGUUUUGCAUGUUUCUUGUUUUGUGGUUUUCAUUUGAUCUGUUACUUUGAUUUGGGUUUCUCUCUUUUUUUCAUUUUUUCUUUCUUGACUUCGCCAUUGUUAACCUGGUGUUUGAAUGGAUAUGGGGUUUUGCAAGUUGUUGAACUUGGAUUUCAAGGAGAAAGUUUGUGGAGGAGAGGCAAAAUUGCAUCUCGUACGAAGAGGUGCUCGGCGUUCUGCGGAAGCUUUCGUUGUCGAAGGAUCAAAACAGUACAUUCAAAAUUUUGUCAAAAACAGAGUGCGUGAAAUUAAUGGCAAUUAUCCUUCAAAGAGGAAGCGCCGAAGCGAGGCUCCAUGCGUUAACGAUUUUCAGGAGAAUGGCAAAGACUACUUCCAGUUACAAUUGGAAUUUCUUGCUUCAAGAUUAAGGCAUAGAUUCUUCAAAUCUCUGUUAGAGUUGGUUUCCGACGAGAUUUGCAGCAAGGCGAGUUCAUGUGCAUUGGAGUUUCUAAUCCAGAUCUUAGAAACGUCAAAGAAGAGCCGAUUCAAGGCGAAAGAGUCCGACGCCGUCUGCAUCCUAAUCGAGCUCUUACCUGACUUAAACAGAUCCAAAAGCAAAAAAACUCUGUUUCUGAUCAAGUUACUUUGCGAUUUUAUUUACAGGGCUGGAUAUUGCCAUGUCAUCAAUGGGUGGGGUGUAUUAUCCACGUAAGCUUGUGAAAAUUAAAAGAGGUAAUUGGUG